UAUCCCUUGCGGGGACCGGGUCUCAUUGCUCUUCCAAGGUUCACCAAUAGCAAAGUCUACGUCCGGCAUGCGCAGCGUCCCAAGGUCCACUGUGACUCGAUACGCUGACUCUUCUCCUUCACGCCUUCCACCACAUAUAUUAUUGUGUCUUUGCUACGAAGAUCUCUUCCUGUCCGAUUUCUUUUGUCAAAGCAGUCUUCUCGCCAACACUCACUCUCCAAUCCAUUCAGGGCGUUCGCAACCAUGGCCGCCGCCGCUGGAGCUGAUGUCAGCGCUCUUGGACAGAUCGUGCCUUCGAAGACCAAGCCGCCUACUGUCUGCGUAUUCUGCGGCGCCUCGCCAGGAACCUCUCCAGCCCAUCUCGCAGCCGCUCGCGAGCUCGCACACACCUUCCACAAACACGGCAUUCGACUCGUAUAUGGCGGUGGCACCGUCGGAGUAAUGGGAGAGAUCGCGAAGACGCUCGUAUCCCUCGCUGGGCCGGACGCAGUGCACGGCGUCAUUCCUGAGGCUUUGUUGCAGUAUGAACGCAGCAACCGAGAAGACGGACUGGGCGAAGAGAAAGUACAAAAGUUGAUCGACGAGGAUGUCUACGGCCGGUUCACAGUGGUGAAGGAUAUGCACACACGUAAGCAGAUGAUGGCGCGAGAGGUCAUCGAGUCCGGGCCAGGCGGCGGAUUCGUGGCGUUGAGUGGAGGCUACGGAACAUUGGAAGAGUUGAUGGAGGUGGUGACGUGGAAUCAGCUGGGUAUACAUGAGAGAGGAGUGGUGCUGUAUAAUGUGGAGGGAUACUGGGACGGCAUUCUGAAGUGGGUCAAUAC